AUGACUUUUGAUGAUAUAUGGCUUUCAGAUGAUGAAGAAUAUAAACCAGCGGCUACCGAAACCUAUGGUCUGGAUGAUAAUGGUCCUGUUCAUGUUGAUUUGUUGUCUUUGAAAAGAAAGCAUGCUAAACAAGGAUAUUUAGACGGGAUAUCGAAGGCCAAGGAAGAAAGCUUGCAACAAGGUUUUGACGAGGGAUAUCCUAUAGGAGCUAGGAUCGGAGCGCGAGUUGGUGAGAUAUUGGCUCAAAUGAAAAGUCUUUUGAUGUCGUCAAAAAUCUCAGCUGAAGAGUAUGAUUCUGCCUUCCAUGAACUGAACAUAAAAAAGGUAUUACAAACAGACUUUUUUGAUACUAAAUUAAACAUGUUAGAUGAACGAAAUCAUCCAAUCAUCAGGAAAUGGAUGGCGUUUUGCGAGUCUAAACUGGAUUUGCAAAGCCGGUUUUGA